GUUUAUAAGCAUUUAAGAGUGUUUUUACAUCGAUAACUUUCAGACAAAAUCAUAGUUUUAGAAGAACUGUAAAAUUUACUUUUUUUUUAAUCAAUUAGUGUAUUAUUGUUAUAUGUAACAUUAAUUAACAUUUAAUCUGCGUACAAAGCGCAUCCAGUUCUGCAGGUUUUAUGAAGAAAAACUCUUGAGGAAGCAGCAGAGGUCCAUGUGAUACACGCACUAUUAUAAAGAUGGCGUUAAUUAAAGAGGAGAGUGAAGACAUUAGGAUUGAAGAAGCAGUCAGGGUGAAACAAGAAGAUACCGAGCAACAAACAGACCGGAUGUCACUGAAGAAGGAGAGUGAAGUACCAAAUGAAAUGGAAGAGAAAUAUCAGAAUGAUAAACAUGUUUACAUAACUGGAGAAAAAUAUUUUAGUUGCACGAAAACUGAAAAGAUUUCCUCACAAAACAGAACACAAAAGUCAGGGGUAAGUUAUUUCAGCUGCUUUCAGUGCGGAAAGAGUUUCAGUAAGCACGAAAACCUUAAAGACCACAUGAGAAUUCACAAUGGUGAGAGCCCUUUCACCUGCCAGCAGUGUGGAAAAGGUUUUACUGAAAAAGGAAGCCUUAAAAGGCACAUGAGAAUUCACACUGGAGAGAAACCUUUCACCUGCCAAGACUGUGGAAAAAGUUUCACUCAAAAAGGAACCCUUAACAGGCACAUGAGAAUUCACACUGGAGAGAAGCCCUACUCCUGUCAACUGUGUGGAAAAAGCUUUAAAGCAGAACUAAACAUAAGGUAUCACAUGAAAAUUCACACUGGAGAGAAGCCUUUCAUGUGCCAUCAUUGUGGAAAAAGUUUUAGAAAUAAUGUAAGUCUCAAGAAUCACAUGAAAAUUCACACCGGAGAGAAGCCUUUUAUGUGCCAUCAGUGUGGAAAGAGUUUUAGACAUAGUAUAAGCCUCAGCACUCACAUGCGAAUUCACACUGGAGAAAAGCCAUUCACAUGUGAUCAGUGUGGAAAGAGUUUCAGAUGUAAAGUAACCCUUAACUGCCACAUGAAGAUUCACUCAAGAGAGGACUGUUUUAUAUGUCAACAGUGUGGAUUGAGUUUUACAAAUCUAGAGCGUCUAAACAGCCAUGAAACAAUUCACUCUGGAGAGAAACCUUUCAAAUGUCAUCAGUGUGAAAGGAUUUUCCAAUUCAAAAAAUCCCUUAAGUCUCACAUGAGAAUUCACACCGGAGAGAAGCCUUACACAUGCCUUCAGUGUGGAAGGUGUUUCACAUAUAAAGCAACACUUGAUUCCCACAUGAGGAGUCACACUGGAGAGAGCCCUUACACCUGCAAACUGUGUGAUAAAACCUUCUCACACAAUGGAAAUCUAAAGACUCACAUGAGAGUUCACACUGGAGAGAAGCCAUUUAUAUGUGUUGAGUGUGGAAAAAGUUUCACACGUAAAGAAAGCCUUAAUUACCACAUGAGGAUUCACUCGAGAGAGAUCAGCUUUGUGUGUCAUCAGUGUGGAAAGAGUUUUACAGACCAAAAACACCUUAAGAGGCAUGUCUUAAUUCACGCUGCAGAAAACCCUUUGAUGUGCCAUCAGUGUGGAAAGAGUUUUACACAUAAAGGAAACCUAACGACUCAUAUGAGAAUUCACACUGGAGAGAAGCCUUUUACGUGCCCUCAGUGUGGCAAAAGUUUCAGUCAUAAAGUGAGCCUCAAGACUCACCUGCGAAUUCACACUGGAGAGAAACCUUUCACGUGCCAUCAGUGUGGAAAAAGUUUCAGACAUAAUGUGAGCUUUAAGGCUCACAUGAAAAUUCACAGUGGAGAGAAGCCUUUCACAUGCCAUCGCUGUGGAAAGUGUUUCAUGUUUAAAGGAAACCUUAAGACUCACAUGAGAGUUCAUGCUGGAGAGAUGAGUUUUUCAUGUCAAAGAGACCCAAGACGUCAUUCACAAACUCAUUCUGUAAAUAAAUUACAGUGUCCUGCGUGUAACAAGACAUUUACAAAAAGCAGCCAUUUUCAAAAUCACCAGCGCAUUCACUCUGGAGAAAGGCGGUUUAAUUGUGAUCAGUGUAAUAAAAAAUUUCUUUCACUAUCACACUUGCAUAUACACUUGAAAAGUCAUGCAUCUGUGAGACGUUAUCAGUGUUCUUUGUGUGGAAAGGGUUUUAAAUGGCUUGGCAAUUUAAAAUGGCACCAGAAAAUACGGAUCUGUGUGAAAUUAAGGCUGCGUUCUCGACACAGGUGAAUGUGGUCAAGUCUGUUUUUUUGCUUAAAUAUACAGUAUAUUUUUGUGAGGCUGUUCACAUGACAUUUCAAAUGUGUCUACUAUUAGAUACAUGUCUGAAUAGGUUAUGCUUCUUAAUCAUUUUGCCAUGUAUUUAAUUUGCAUCCUUUACUUGAUUGCGUUACCUGGAAACUGUUUAUUAACUCACGUGGCCGCACCUGAUCUUAAUUUUAUUUUUUUGCUAUGGUUAUAAAUACCAAGCAGUGGCAGUAGAUAGCCUCUAAUUGCAAUUGAAUAAAGGAAUCCCUAAUUUAUUUGAUUGUUUAAUAAAAACUCAUGUAUUAAAUAAAUACAAGGCACACAGACUGAAGUAGUUUAGGUCUUUGGACUUAAUAAGACCAAAAUAAAUGAAAAUCAACAUCUUCAAAAAGCUGGGCAGUAGAAGGAAGCAUGAAAUGAUCCAUUCAUCAAAUUUCUUUGUGAAUGGAUGCAAUGACUUUGGUUUUCAAAAAACACAAUGGACCAACACCAGCAGAUGACAUUGCACCCCAAAUCAUCACAUUCAAACCCGUAAAACCUCCUUUUAUCUUCGGAACACAGUUUAAGAUAUUUUAGAUUUAGUCCGAGAGCUCUCAGUCCCUCCAUUGAAGCUGUGUGUACGGUAUGCUGUCCAUGUCCAGAAAGGUAAAAAAAACAUCAUCAAAGUAGUCCAUGUGACAUCAGAGGGUCAGUUAGAAUAUUUUGAAGCAGCGAAAAUACAUUUUGGUCAAAAAAUAGCAAAAACUACGACAUUAUUCAGCAUUGUCUUCUCUUCCGUGUCUGUGUGAGAGUGAGUUCAAAUCAAAGCAGUCUGGAUAUCCGGUUCACGAACGAAUCAUUCAGUUCACCAAAUCGAACUGAAUCGUUUUAAAUGGUUCGCAUCUCUAAUACGUAUUAAUCCACAGAUGACUUAAGCUGUUCACUUUUUUAAUGUGGCUGACACUCCCUCUGAGUCAGAAUAAACCAAUAUCCCGGAGUAAUUCAUUUACUCAAACAGUACACUGACUGAACUGCUGUGAAGAGAGACCUGAAGAUGAACGCCGAGCCAAGUCAGAUAACGGACAAUAGACUGACUCGUUCAGAAGCGUAGCUGCUAUUCCAACAAAGUAAAAUUAAUUAGUUUAAACCAAGCUAAAGAAUAAGAAAGCGCAUUUGAUCCCCACUGCUCUUCUCCCUACACUAAUGACGUCUAAGGACCCCUCUGUCAAGCUCCUGAAGUUUGCAGACGACACCACACUCAUCGGCCUCAUUCAGGACGGUGAACGAGUCUGCUUACAGACUGGAGGUUAAAGAGCUGGCUGUCUGGUGCACUCUCAACACACGAGUUAGGCAUUGGUGACAUUCAUUAUAAACAGCAUACAAAUGUCAAGCAAAACUGAGAUGGCAUUGGCUCACUUGCCUGUCUCACAAGAAUUCAAAUGUUUAAAUUUUUGCCAUAUUUGUAACAUUUGGUUGCUAAACUAUUGUUCAUUAUGUAGCCUAAACAUGGCUUUAUGCUUCACUCAUGCUCACUGACAAUACUAGAACUAAUGUUAUUUGUUUGUGUGUUUGAGGCACCUUUACAAACAUGAAUUAAAUCAGAUCUAAAUAUAAUGCAAAUAAAAGUGUCACAAAAACGAA